GCGCCGUCGAUAUCGACCGCCUUAGGGACAGCUUGGAAUAUUCAGAACUAUUGAUAACAUGCAAAGUAAGGAAUGUGUCAACAGGAGCUUCAAGUAAAGUUAAAUUGAAAGUAACCAAUGCGGAACAAUUGCAAAAACUAAUGGAUUACUUGGUCCAAAUUGAUAUGGAGUUGGUUGAUGUAAGAGAAGGAUCAAUUAAACUCGUGCUCUGGGUGAAAGAGUUAGGUGCGCUAGAGAAGUUCUGGAAAAGAUACGAAACAGGAGAACUUAGAAAGGAGCUAGCAAGAAUACUGAUAACUGAGGAGCUCAAGUUUCUAGCAGAUGGUGAGGAUGUGGAAUUAGAAGUCAGUAUUAGUGAAGAAGAGUACAAAAAAGCACAGGAACAGCUAAAAGCCAAAGAAGAAGAGGUGCUGGCACAAGAASUAGAAGCCAAAAUGACAAUAGGAGAAAAACCUUCUCAUUUUGAAAUUUUUGAUGGGGAUAUUUUUGAAGAGAAGGAGAACAAGUUUCAAGCCCAUUUUGCUGCCAUCACGUCGGAAAACCAGGUGGAGCAAGUGUUGAAGAAGGUUAAGGAAACACCUGAUGUUCCUGGGGCAACGCAUUACAUCUGGGCUUACAGGAUCUUUGAUGCUCAUAAAGAUGAUUUYGAUGAAGGAUGUAAUGAUGACAAGGAUGACGAUUCUGGAGCUAAGGUCUUGCAUUUGCUACAGGGAACUUGCGCACAAAAUUUGAUUGUYAUUGUAGCAUGUCUGUAUAAGACUUCUCCUCUUGACUUGGGGCCUAAUAGGCUUAUUUAUAUCUACAAAGGYGUUUUGGRAUUACUUUUAAUUCAUAAGGUUAUUCGACUUAAUUCUAAAGUGAAAACCUUUCUCAAGGAAACAGAAUAUACGUCRUUUUACAAAGGARCUGCGACYACUGAGGAUCCCUCUGUAAUCCCURCGUUUGAUAUUAAAAGCGGAGUUCCCAUUGAAGACCGUGAGAGCACAUUCCAAGGCCAUAUUGCCGAUGUCACAUCUCUAGAGCAAGUUCCCCAAGUGCUGCAUCAACUAAAACAAAACGAAAAGAUUGCUAAUGCAACUUACAACAUGUGGGCUUGCAGGAUUUACGACGAAAAGAAGAAAUCUUACUUUKSAGAUASWGAUGAUGAUGGUGAGGAUCGUGGAGGAGAGAAACUUCUGCACUUGCUGAAAACAAGCGAUGCCAGUAAUGUGAUUGUCAUCGUAACGCGUUGGCAUGGUGGGAUACCCAUAGGAAACGAUAGAUUCAAACACAUAAAUGACUGUGCCAACGAUCUUCUCCAGCAAAGGAGACUUGCUGCCAAACUCAGUACAACAUCUGCUGAUCCGAAAGAAAAGAAAAAGAGAAUUCGAACCUAAAAAAACACAAGUAAAUCUGAUAUACACUUCGUUAAAUGGAUUAGAACUGAAAGGUAGAGAAAGGAACUGAAACAACAUUUUAAACUGAAAAACGUAUUCUUCUUACGAGGAUAUCACUACUUAACAGCCAGUAUGGCUGACAAACCUGCAUGUGAUCCUCGUUCCAUGAUGGAAUCGAAAAUUAGAAGUUGAUCAGUGUGAUUUUUAAAUGCUCAACAUUUCGUUAAAUGUAAUCUUGUAGUUUGCUGUUAAAUAUUAUUGUAGUUAUUAUUGUAGAGCGUCGGUCUGUUUUAAGGAAGGUCGUGGUUCAAGCCUCGGCCGGACCAACACACAGGGUCUUAAAAUAACCAGAGUUAAAAGCUGCCUCUAUAUAAUUACAUCUGUAAAUGGUUCAGCCUUCUCGGAUAAGGACUUCAAACCGUAGGCCCUGUCUCCCAAUCCUUCCUAACCUGCAUUAAAUGGGGAGCAUAAAAGAAGCUGUUGAAUUAUUCGUAUAAGAGUAUAUGGGAUUGUCUCCCGGUUCAACAGCCUCUCCCUGUCUGGAGGCAUAACACUAAUGUACUAACAAAUCAAUUAUGAUUGUAAGCUGCACGGCUGCUACUAGCGCCUUAAAGUCCUCCACUGGUCAGAUAUGGUCAGAAAAUGUAAUGCGCAUUGAGAGCAUGUGAAAAUGCGCUAUAUAUAAUAAGAACUUCCAUUAUUAAUGGUGUAAGUCAUCAAGACCUCAAGCUCUCAAGUUCAGAACUCAACCUCGCCUGAAGAUGACUAGUGGUUCUAGUCGAAAUAUCGCCAGCGCCUGUUUCUAAAUUCCAGUAGUUGACUCGUUAUCUUUAAUUAUGAACCUCUUUUAUUAUUGUAAUAAGUCCAAAAAAAAUUAGUUCCAUUAGCAUGAUUUGAGUUCAGGAAAUAAGAUAGGAAUGACUUAAUUMUGGAAGUAAAUUGUAGUGAAUAUAAGAGGAGAAGUAUUAUCGACUAGCACUAGUUGAAACUGUUCUGUAAUCAUAGCGUAAAAAAUAGCCAUUUUAAGUUAAUUAAUAAUACAAUUAAUAAUACAUUGUAGUCGAAUAAAAAUAAUAUCCUUUUCAACUAAUCUGUGACAAAAAAAACGGAAAAAUUCUUCAUAUAGGGUUGUAGUUAGGUAACAAAGGUAACCAAAAAAUUGCCUUUGAAACCUUGAUUAAAAACAAUUACUGCGAUUAUCGAUAUUCUGCGAACUCAGACAGUUCAAUGACUYGUUGUGAAGUUGUUUUUUUACUGCCGCCAGUCAAGAACAUAAAAGGGUACCGACUGACUUUUUUUAAAUGACGGUAGCGAAAAAACAAAUUUUAGCGUAGCUGAUCGAACACCGCAAUAAAAGAUAUAGUGUAUAGAAAAAUAAAUAAAUGCAAGAAGAGUAUAAAUA